CCAUAGCGGCAGAAAUGACAUACAAUAUCUUUAAUGUUAAUAUCGCACUCAAUUCUUUAUAUAUUUUAAGUUUGCAUGCACUUUGAGUAGAAACUUAGUCAGAAACGUUCCCAGUGUAUUUAUCAGAUGAAUGAAUAACCAUGGUGUCCAUUUUACAGACACAAACCGAGGUCAGGCUCUGUCCGAUAAGCAGCUCAUGCAGGUGGCCGUAACGCUGGGACAGGAGUGGGGGCGGGUGGGCGUCCACUUGGACCUCAGUAUCACAGAUCUGGACGACAUCAAGGAAGGGGAAAAAGAUGUGACCAUGCAAAAAGUGAAGAUGUUGGUGCUGUGGCAGCGCCGAACACCAGGAGAGGCCACAGCACAGGACCUGCUGAGAGGUCUGGAGGGCCUGAAGGACCUACCUGUCGAGACCCGUCAGUUAUUGAGAGGAAACCUUUUGGCUGGAUCUCAGGAGGUUAAAGCAUCGUAUAAAGUUUCCCCAACAGAGACGAAGGGCAGGACCUCUGAACUCAUUCUCAGCUCUGAGCAGUUCAAGACAGAGAAGCUGAAGGACAGAGACAACAUAUACGACCCCAUGGUCCCAGCCGACAGGACGCGCAUGGCUCUGCUGAUCACCAACGUGCACUUUAAACACUUGAGUGAUCGGGAUGGUGCUGGGAAAGACGAGCAGGAUAUGAGCAAACUGCUGAGCUCUCUGGGAUACAACGUGGAGCCACACAGAGACCUCAGUGGAGCGGAGAUGGACAGGGCCGUCGAAAGGUUUUCUAAAGACCCCCGUCUGGCCGCGACAGACUCUGUCUUUGUGGUCAUCAUGUCCCAUGGGGUGAAGGGAGCCAUUUUAGGCGUCCAUCACUGCGAAGGAGUCCCCGACCAGUUCCCCAUUGACAAAAUCUACAAACACUUGGAUUCGGCUCGUUGUCCAAAACUGCUCAAUAAACCCAAAGUCAUCAUCAUCCAAGGCUGCAGAGGAGUGGAUGAUGGCUCUGCGAUAGUCACGGAUGGGCCUGGGUCUGGCCCAGAGCAGGCCCCGGUAGUGCAGGUGGAUGCGGCCCUCCCACCUCACCUGGCAGAUGAAGUGGACGCAGACAUCGAGGAGGAUGCUAUUCACAGGGUGCACAAAGAAAAAGACAUGGUUUCACUUCUGUCCUGCACCGCUGACACGGUGUCGUAUAGACAUAAAAGCCAAGGUUCUUUUUUAAUCCAACACAUUGUGGAGAUCUUCAACCGCCACGCACACGAGGACCACAUCGACGAACUCUUCAGAAAGGUCCUGAAGCGUUUUGAAGAUAAGCCUCCUUCAGCAGAUACAAGACAGAUGGCUGUCAAAGACCGAUGCACCUUAACCAAAAUGUUUUACCUCUUCCCCGGUCUUUAGAAUCAGGCUCCAAGAUGACCGAUGGGAAAUGGUUUCAACACUUUACAACACUGUAGCGUAAAGUGGUGUCGGGAAAACGAACUGAAACCUUGAUCCCACAGCUAAUAUUGCUGAAGGUGCAGUCACAAUAAUGACCUAUUAGCAUAUGCUACACGUGAACCUCCUAAGAUGGCGCCAUUUGAUUGGUUCGCUAUCUCGGGAUAUUAGGCAAUAUCCCAUAAUUUAGAUCUCAAACUCGGGAUAUUGUAUUGCGUGCGUGAUGGUCAUCUCGUCACGCUAAUAAAAACAAAUAAACUGCUAAUAAUAAAUAAUACCUGAAAAAAGUAUUAUUAUUAUAUUUAGAGUAAAUUAAAUUAAUGUAGAGUGUUCACGUGUAGUAUAUUCACUAUUCGCUUCGCUUUCUGAGAAUAAUUGUUAAAUAUGAGUUUUUAUCUUACAGGAAAUCAAUUAACAUCCUAUACUUUCCCUCCAUUUAGAAUAAAACAAUUGUAUUACAUAGAUAAUCUUGAAAUAUAGUGGGAUUACUGUACUGACAGCGAUUCUUAUUUUCUUACACAACGGUAAAUUCCGACCAAGUCAUUUCAUUGGACAAGAGGCAUUCCAUGAGUGCUGAUAUAGAGUAUAACAGCGCUGGGAUUUUUAACUAUAAAUGUAUCACUCCACUUUCAGGUGUUCUAACAACCGUUAUUAACGGUCUUUAUGUAGCUUAGAUUGCUAGUGUGUUUAUGUGUUGCUGGGCACCAGUUCAGUCCCAGUCCAGUUGCGGAUGUAUUUGUGUUGGUGGAGCCAAAUAAAUCAUUAAAUAAUCAGACAAAUCAUUA